UCUAUUCUAUUCAUAGGUAGAGGAUAAUUCAUUUUUUUAACGAUUUCUUUUUCUUUUUUUUUUUUCUUUUUUUUUAGUUCUUCAUAAAGGAUAGACAAGGCCAGUUUUACCCAUACAAAUGACCGUUUUGUUUUUGUUUCGACUGGGACUGGACAGGAAGUGGACAGGAAAUGAAGGCGGGACUUCCGGUGAUUCAGUGCUUUCCUUUUAUCGUGAUUGGUCGGAUAACUUCUGUGACGCAGCAUCGAGGGAAUUUUCAAAUCGAGAAGAGGCGCUUCUGUGAGCAGUUGAGAGUAGACCGGCAAUAUAAACAAUGCAAAAAACAAGCAAAGGGAAAACUCCCCGGAGGAAUGGCCAAAAGAAGGCAUCAAACACUGAAAGAGACCCCGUUGGAGUUUACUGCCGGAUUCGUCCGCUCAUUUCAGAAGAUGAGGAAUGCUGUGUUGAGAUGAUCAGCAGCACUACAAUUCAGCUGCACGCCCCUGAUGGACUCAAAGCCAACCGCAAUGGGGAAUAUAAAGAGACACAAUACUCCUUUAAAAAAGUGUUUGGGGUUAACACCACCCAGAUGGAGCUCUUUGAGGAUGUUGCUAAGCCUUUGGUAGAUGACCUCAUUCACUGUAAAAAUGGCUUGUUGUUUACGUAUGGCGUCACUGGAAGUGGUAAAACCUUCACCAUGACGGGCUCUCCUGGAGAGGGCGGCCUUCUCCCACGUUCUCUGGACAUGCUCUUCAACAGCAUCGGGCCCUUUCAGGCCAAAAGAUAUGUCUUUAAGCCAGACGACAAAAAUGGAAUGGAGAUCCAGAGUCAAGUUGACGCUCUCCUUGAAAGACAGAAGCGCGAGAGUCAGCAGUCUGUGCCCAAAACGCCAUCAUCCAGGCAAAAGGCUGAUCCAGAGUUUGCAGAUAUGAUCAGUCCAGAUGAGGCGUGCAAAUCUGAGAGCGUGGACGAAGACUGCUGCUUCAGCGUGUUUGUGUCCUAUAUUGAGAUCUACAACAACUACAUCUAUGAUCUUCUGGAAGAUGCUCCUUUUGAUCCUAUAAGACCAAAACCGCCUCAGUCCAAGGUUCUCCGUGAAGACCAGAAUCAUAACAUGUAUGUGGCCGGCUGCACAGAAGUUGAGGUUAAAUCUACAGAAGAGGCUUUUGAAAUCUUCUGGAAAGGGCAAAAGAAGAGACGCAUCGCAAACACUCAGCUCAACCGGGAGUCCAGCCGCUCUCACAGCGUCUUCACCGUGAAGUUGGUUCAAGCACCACUUGAUGCUGACGGGGAUCAUAUACUGCAGGACAAAAACCAGGUAAACGUGAGUCAGCUGUGUCUGGUGGACCUGGCGGGCAGUGAACGCACCAGCAGAACCAGAGCAGAGGGGAGCCGUCUCCGUGAAGCAGGAAACAUUAACCAGUCCCUAAUGACACUUCGCACAUGUAUGGAAGUCCUGCGAGAAAACCAGAUGUGUGGAACGAAUAAGAUGGUUCCAUACAGAGACUCUAAAGUCACACAUCUGUUUAAAAACUACUUUGAUGGAGAAGGAAAAGUCCGGAUGAUUGUGUGUGUCAACCCAAAUGCAGAUGACUAUGAAGAAUCUGUGCUGGUGAUGCGCUUUGCAGAAAUGACCCAGGAAGUGGAGGUGGCUCGUCCAGUAGAUCGACCAAUCUACAGCCUCCCAGCGGGGCGGAGACACAAGAACCAGGCCUUCAAAGAUGAGCUGUCCCGACGGCUGGCAGAGAGGGGAGGUCCAGUUACUGCAGACGACCCAGGUUUGCUGAACCAGCUCCUAGAGAGCCUCCCAGCUCUGCCUCCCUGUGAGCUGGUGGAUCCCACCGACGAUCAGACACUUCCCCGCCUGAUUGAAGUCUUGGAGAGACGGCAACACAUCCGUCAAAUGAUGAAGGAGCAGUUCAAUCAAACCGCCAACACACUGCAGUCCAUGCUACAGCAGUUUAACAGUCAACUUGGAGCAAAGGAGACCUUCCUCCAUGACCAACAAAGCAAACUAAACGAGAAAGACAAAGUCAUUCUCAACCAGAGGACGGAGCUCGAGCGGCUGGAAAAGAAAUCCAAGACGCUGGAGUACAAGAUCGAUAUCCUCCAGAAAACCACAGGGAUGUACGAGCAGGACAAACGCUCCCUUCAGCAGGAGCUGGAGAGCCGGGAGCAGAAGCUGCAGCGGGAGCUGGCAGAGAGGAGGCGCAUGGAGCAGCGCAUGCAGGGCGUGGUCACAGACACCAAACUCAAGUGGGAGAAGGAAUGUGAGAGGCGAGUGAACGCCAAGCAGCUGGAGCUGCAGAACAAGCUGUGGGUGAAGGAUGAAAAGCUGAAGCAGCUGAAAGCCAUCGUGACAGAGAGCAGUGGCGCUCCAGCAGAGCGCCCGGAGAAGCCUGAGAGACCCUCCAGAGAGAGAGACCGCAACCACGCGCAGAAGCGCUCUGCAUCUCCGUCACCACUGCCCGAGUCCAGCCAAAAUCCUUCUCACAAAAAUCAAGCCAGACAUAAAGCAGUUCAGGACCCCUACCCUGCACCCGCCCCCUCCUCCUCCUUCCCUUCAGUUGCUUCCUGCAUCUCUGACUGGGAGCAGAGAAACCCUCUAGAUUCAGGCAGCCAGUCCCGGAUCCCUGGGACUCCCCAGUGCAGGAGCAGGACUCCUGCCCAAUGCUACAGCGCAAGCAGUGUGGGGCGCAGGAGAGGCCAGCGCUGGGCCCCCGACACCCCCGCCACCCCUGUUGUCUACGGAUUAGACAUAGAGGCAGGCACAAGGACGGCUCCCCCGGUUCGUCCAAUGCACAGGCGAUCUCACUCUGCGGGCGGGGAGAAAUGGGUAGACCACAAACCGCCUUCAAAUUUGGACCUAGACACUGUAAUGCAGCCAAUCAUUCCCAAUUCGAUCAAGGUGUCCGCCCCCAACGAGAAAGCUCUGUCCAAAUGCCACAAGUAUGUGCUUAGACACCAAGAGCUUGCCUCUGACGGGGAGAUUGAAACCAAACUCAUCAAGGGCAACGUUUUUAAAACCAGAGGUGGAGGACAAGCGGUUCAGUUCACCGACAUCGAGACAUUAAAACAGGAAUGUCCAACGGCGCCGAGUCGCAAGCGGCGCUCUGGAUCUGCUGAGGGACCAGCUCAAAUCGAGGACCUGGAGAACAGACCUCCUGUCAUGAGCUCAAGUCAAGCGUAUCAGAAACGCAGAAAACCUUAGGAUGCUCUGCAGGAAGAGGACUCCUGUUUUCACACACAGUCUGUCAGCGGAGCUGCAUCUAUUUAGACAGAAUAUUUCACUUGUAUGUUAUUGCAAUAGAGAUAAUUAUGGUGCAAUGAUAUAAUAAUCACUGCUUAUAGCUGUAGAAUAUAGUGUAUUUUUGUUGCUACUUUAUGAAUGCUGGAAUUAAAAAAAAUGGACUUGAUAAAUGUUUGUUCAUGAAAACUCCAUGACAAACCUGCUGACCUUUGACCUUUAUUGUAUCGUCCACAGUGUAUUUGUUGCUGAUUUUUUUUUUUACAUAUAUUUUUUUCUAUUGAUACUCUUCAGGGAUGAAUAAACUGUUUUUGUCUAUGAAUAAUCUGAUUAUAAAGUUUCGUCACAAGCAAGAUAUUGACGAUUUUGAAUGUAAAUACUGAAUUGGCAGAAGGUCCCACGAUGAGAAGUGUACCCCUUUUUUUUUACUCUGGUGCCAUUAAAUUAUUUCUAUCACCAA